CUAGUGAUCAGAUCACUGGAAAUGUAUUUGCAGUUUUUAAACUCCUCAGAAGUAACUUGGAGUAAUGAGUCACUUUCUACAGAAUUGCAAAAAUAGAUACACUGGGGAGUCAAUAUAACUUUUGGCUCAGCCCUCAAAUUUAUAUUACAUGUCUUCUGACCCACAACUAUCAAGUCUGCUGAAUUCUGUCAUAUUUUACUCACAUAUUUCAACAAACAGAACUUGUAAAACUUGGAUGUUCUCUGGCAACAUAUCAUAGUGAAGUAUGUCAAAGGAAUUUUGCUUGGGAAGAAGCUAAACUGAAAAUAUGGAACCAUCACUCAUCUCUAACCCACAAUGAAAUGGCAGACUGAAUAUGAACAUGUCUGAGGGGAGACAAUGAAACCACAGGCAGGACUACAUCACUCCACAGUGCUCGCAGCUUCUGUAGAACAUAAAGGUACUGUCUUUGGAUAGAGAUCACGUUUAAAAGAAAACAUGGAUUUAAUAAAUUCAACUGAACAAAACUAUACUUCAGAAGAACUAUUUAAAAGAAUGACAUCCAAGAUUCUUGUUUCAAUUACUCUGUCUGUGCUUGCACUAAUGACAACUGCCAUCAAUUCUCUAGUGAUGACUGCAAUAAUUGUAACAAGGAAACUCCAUCACCCUGCCAACUAUUUAAUCUGCUCCCUUGCAGUAACUGAUUUUCUAGUUGCAGUUUUAGUGAUGCCCUUCAGCAUUGUAUAUAUUGUAAAGGAGACCUGGAUUAUGGGGCAGGUGGUAUGUGACAUUUGGUUGAGUGUUGACAUUACAUGCUGCACAUGUUCUAUCCUGCAUCUUUCGGCUAUUGCUUUGGAUCGGUACCGAGCAAUCACAGAUGCUGUGGAGUAUGCCAGGAAAAGGACACCUAAACACGCUGGCAUCAUGAUUGCAGUGGUGUGGAUCAUAUCCAUUUUUAUCUCUAUGCCUCCUCUGUUUUGGCGACAUCAGACAACUAGCAGGGAUGAUGAAUGCAUCAUCAAACAUGACCACAUAGUUUUUACCAUUUAUUCCACGUUUGGAGCAUUUUACAUCCCCCUAGCAUUGAUUCUGAUCCUUUAUUACAAAAUAUACAAAGCAGCAAAGACAUUUCACAGAAGAAGCGUCAGCCGGAUUGUAAGGGAGGAGGUAAAUGGACAAGUCCUCUUGGAGGUGGGCGAGAGAAGCACCAAAUUGGCUUCAACACCAUGCACAGUUGAUAAGACACCUGAUCCCUUGGACUGUGAUAGAAUUAAUCUCUCGUUACGAAGCCCCAAGUCUGAAUCCAAACAAGAUAAAGCCUGGAAAAAACAAAGAAUCUCUAGCACGAGAGAGAGGAAAGCAGCAACCACCCUGGGCUUGAUUUUGGGUGCAUUUGUGAUCUGCUGGCUCCCCUUUUUUGUAAAAGAAGUAGUUGUUAACACCUGUGAGAGAUGUCACAUUUCAGAAGACAUGUCUAAUUUUCUGGCAUGGCUGGGAUACAUCAAUUCUCUAAUUAACCCAUUGAUCUACACAAUCUUCAAUGAAGACUUUAAGAAAGCAUUUCAGAAGCUUGUGCGAUGUAGGCAAUACCUUUGAGUGUGUGUGUUCUUAUUAUAUUGAACCUGCAAACUGAUUUUAUAUAUGUGUGUGUAUACACACACACACACACACGUGCGCGCGUGUACACAUUUAUGAAGACUAGGACUAAAUAUGUUGUGUCGAAAAGGCAUUAAGACUGCACCUACAUUUUAAGCAUAUGAUUUUUGUACCAGUAGCACCUUGAAGUGCAUGUUGUCUAAAUUUUAAAAAGAUGGGUUAUUUGUGAUGAACGUUGGGCUGGAAAGGGAGGGCUUCCAUAUACAUAUGUGCCCCUGAUCCAGCUAAGAUGUAUGCUUCUGUCCAGUUUGAAGCACAUUAGUAAUCCCACUAAACUUGGAGAAACUAUUCACAUGCUUAGUUAUGAAUGAGUUUAAGUCUUUGCAAAAACAGAACCUAAAACUACAAGGUCAAAUGCUAACUUCCUUGCUCAGUGAAAAAAUGUGGCGGAUGUCAGUGGGAGUUUUGACCAAGCAGAACUCCCACAGAAUGUGGUCCAUACAGCAGUUUUGAACAGUAAAACUGCACCUUUAAGGUAAUGGCUCAAUCAGGCCACAGUACAAAGUCAUGCCACUCCAGCCUGCUUUCCAAAGAUGCACUGGACCCUGCCUCCUUGUCAUCCUGAUACCUCCCUGUUUCCUUUGCUGUGAGAUAUAUUCCUGGAGCUCUUGGAGGGGGCAGUACCUGUGCACCCCUCACCAUAGGGCAGACAUUUAAUGAAAGUCAAGCAUUUUGUGUCCUUCACAGUCCAAAUAUUUCCCCAAGCAAGAGGAACAAGCACAGCCAGAGCUCUUUGUAGAAGUAGAAUACACAGAAUAUUAGAGGCUAUGAGUCAUUGUUUCAGCACUUAGAAGAGAUUGGUGGUUAUGUUAAGCAUCAGAUUUCAUAUGGCCAUGGAGAGGAAAAGCAAGUGGAAGAGAGACCAUCCAAGAUGCCUGCCAGCUUUUAUCCCAUUUCCUUCCCUAGCUGCCAGCAACAUGCACAAUCCUCACACAAACCAAGGAGGGCUGCUCUCUGGAACCCAAGCUCCAGAAAGAAAAGGGUGGGGGAGUCCUAACCCAGAGGUGGCUAUUAGAUAUUCAGGGAAACAUUUACUAACGCCCGUGCAAAGCUACCAGUCAUACCAGCCCCACCCAUUCAAAUGCAGACCUGCGACUAAAAGCCAUUGUGCGACUGUUCUAAAAGUGAGAGUUGGGUGGUUCACAACCUUCCAAGACAAGAUAUGCCAGUUCGCCUGCCUAGAGCCCUUUACGGCUGCAUCCACACAAGUAGAUGUGUGCGUUUGCAGCAGCACAAAUAAUAGCGGCA